AUGAAACUCGAGACUGUGAUUUUGUUUGCACUGGUUGCAACGGUUGCCCUCGGAAGGGCAUCACCGGUUCCUUCCUUCGAGCUUCAAGUGGACGUUGAUUCAGUGGACGAAAAAGUAGUACGUACCGUAGAAAGUGAUGUGACCGGUGAAGAAAAGGAUACCACGACCGACGAUUUCGACGGUGGAGAUAAACUGGUGAAAGAUGCCGUCGGUGACGAUACGAAGACACCGGUGACGACGACGACAACGACCACAUCAGGUACCAGUGAAGUUCCGGUCGUGCGAUUUAAAAGGGCUAUUACUUGUACGGAUAUCGUAGGGGCGAACGGGGAAACCGAAACCGUGUGCGAUGAAGAUCAGGAUCCCGCGGCCAGCGAACAGCAUCCCGAAGCACGGAGCUACAAUACUCACGGAUAUCACCACGCCCAUGAGCACAAAUAUGAAGAACCCAAAAAACACGAAGAGCAUCAUCAGCAUCAUUAUGGGUGA